AUGGCAGAAAUUAUGGAAGAAGAUAAAGUUACCAUCAAAGAAGAAAUCUCUACUGUAGAGGAUACAUUUACUGUGUAUGUAGUGGGAGAAGAUGUAAAAGAGGAAAUUACAGAAAAUCAAAUUAAGGUUGAAAAUAUCAAGAUUGAAUUAGAUCCCCUGUUCUCUGAACAAAAGAGGCUUAAAAAGAGGAAGCUGGGAGAUAAAAGUUAUCCCUGUGCAAAAUGUGAUUUUGUGGCAACUAAGUCCCGUAAUUUGAAAAGACAUAAAAGAAGUAAACAUGAAGGAGUGAGAUAUUCCUGCGAUCAGUGUGAAUACGCUACUACUGAAGUUCAGAGUCUGAAGCUACACAUUGAAUCUAAACACAAAGGAGUGAGGUAUCCAUGUAAUCAAUGUGAGUACGCUGCCACUACAGCAGGUAGUCUGAAGAAACAUAUUGAAAAUAAGCAUGAAGGCGUGAG